GUGGCAGGCACCCACGUGUGCCAAGUCACGUGUCAGCCUCCCCACUCGGCAACUUUACAUGAGCUCUCUCUCCGUCUGCGUCUCCUUUUCCUCGCAGCCUCUCUCAUCUGUCAGGCUCUCUACAACUCCAAGUCUAUCACCGUCUCCAGCAGUACAUACAUUUUAGAAUUCAAUCAAACACCAAUAAUAAUAAUAAUACAUCUCCCGCCUCUCCGUUUCUUCUGUACGAGUCUGCCUCUGAGACCACCAACGUUCGCCGCCGGACAAUGCCGCCGCUCAAAGUCACCCUGCUCUGCCUGUUGAUUGUCGCGGCUCGUGCUGACGAUUCGCCCAAGCGGGGGGAGGACGAGAAUGAGACAGUGGCGACGGUGGACGCGGGCGACGAGUCGGAGCUCGACGAGACGUUCCGCAACCGCCACCACAUCGCCGACACGCUGCAGCUCAACGACGACACCCCACGCGAUGACUACCCAGGGCUUCUGGACCGUUUAAAAAAAAUCUACCACACCUCCAUCAAGCCCCUGGAGAGGAUCUACAAGUACGACUCCAUCCGCCAGCACGACAUGACCGCUAGCCACGGAAGAAGUAUCAGCACAUUUGACGAGAGUGAGAUCAUCGCCAAACCCCUGGUGCUGUUCCUGGGUCCCUGGAGUGUCGGGAAGUCGUCCAUGAUCAACUACCUGCUAGGCCUAGAUGACAAGGCCUUCUCACUUUACACAGGAGCUGAGCCCACAACGUCGGAGUUCACGGUGAUCCGACACGGCACUAAAGUCAAGCACCUCGAGGGCAUCGUGAUGGCCACCGAUGGCUCGCGCACCUUUGCCUCGCUCGAAAAAUUCGGCCAAAGCUUCCUGGAGAAGUUCUCCGGCGUCGAGAUGCCUCACAGGCUGCUGGAGCGCGUCACCUUCGUGGACACACCAGGCAUCAUCGAGAACCGGAAGCAGCAACAGCGAGGCUACCCCUUCAACGACGUGUGCCAGUGGUUCAUUGACCGCGGUGACCUCAUCUUCGUGGUGUUCGACCCCACCAAGCUGGAUGUCGGCCUGGAGCUGGAGACGCUCUUCCGGCAGCUCAAGGGUCGCGAGUCGCAAAUCCGCAUCAUCCUCAACAAGGCCGACAGCGUCUCCACGCAGCAACUCAUGCGUGUCUACGGUGCCCUCUUCUGGAGCCUCGCACCGCUCAUCAACGUCACAGAGCCCCCGCGCGUCUACGUCAGCUCCUUCUGGCCGUACGCCUUCCGCGUCGACACCAACAGGGGCCUCUUCCUCGCCGAGGAGACCUCGCUGCUCGACGACCUCCGGCAAAUCAUUGCCAACCGCAUGGAGAACAAGAUCGCCCUCAUCCGGCAGCACGCCAUCCGCGUGCGCAUCCACGCGCUCGUGGUCGACCGCUACGUGCAGACGCUGCGCACGCGCUCCUCCUUCUUCAGCAACGCGGAGCAGGUGUUCGCCGACAUCGUGGAGCACCCGGAGGAGUACAACAUCUACGGCUCCGUGCUGGCAAACUCCAAUGUCAGCAAGUUCGACCUGCCCGACCCCAAAACCUACAAGUCGUUCUUCGGCGCCAAUUCCGUGGCGACGAUCCGUCCGCUCUCCUACCACUGCAGCUACACCAACGGAUGUCUCCUCGACAAAAUCGAACGCGCCAUCUCCGUCGAGCUGCCCGCGCUGCUUGGCUCGCUGUCGCCGGUCACCCGCUUGAAGGUUCGCGCGACGGCGCCCUCGUGCGGGUCGUACUUGUGCAACGAGACGCCCAAGAAUCGCUACGUCAAGCCAUGAGCGCCGGUGCCGGGACGCGCCGGGGGAAGGGCUGCCGACGAGGUGCGCCAGUUUGCCCCCUCGAAAACGACGCCUCUCAUCACCACCACCACCACCACCCAGAAUUCCAUCUUCUCCCAGCAAAGAGCACUGGGGGCAACGCUAUGAAGACUGUACCCAAGUGCCGCUCCAGGGCCCACAAUGCACAUGGCUCAACGCACUGAAGGUCACUGUUUGCAGUCAACUGAUGGACAUUUGCUACAGCUUGUGUCUUUAAAAACUCAAUACUAUGCAGACACGUAUCUUUAAGUACUACAAAUGUAUAUGUCUGCAUAGUUGUAUGCUUGCAUAUACACGGGUGUGCAUACAGAAAGGGGAUAUUGAUAAUUAAAUUCUAAUUUAUGAAUCUAAUUAAACAAUUCCGGAAGUGAUAUAUUAAGCUAAUCACUUUAAGUUUAACACAAUAGCCCAAUUGUAAUUUCUUGCAUUCAGCAUUUGAAGUGUGCCAAGUGUCGGUCAUGGUGCAGUGAAGCCUAUUUGAAGCCUGCCAGUUGUUCAUCUUGUGAGUGAACACCCCUAAUGCGAUGUGCGUGCAUGUCGGGUGUUUGUGAUUCUCCUGUAAUAUUCCAGGAAAGCGAGACUACUGUUUCGCACGCGUGUGCUUGCCUGCGUAGGGGUGUAAGUGUAUUGUGUGACGUUUCUUUGACGAAUUCGGUUUUUAAGGCAGAUUUGAAUGAUCAAGGUUCAGUAAGCUUUCUGUUAAAAAAUAAACGUAAGGGGCCAUGAAAAAACAU